AUGGCGUUGGUGGGCUGCAUAGAGAGGAAGGCUGGGGGUUCCAGGAUAAAGAAGGUCCCAAUGGAAGGAGCACAAGCAGAGCAUGGAGGCAAAUGGUUGGAAGGUGUAGGAGCAGAUCCACAAGGAAGGUUUGCAACUCACAGGGAGGAAGCUCUUCAGCAGCCUCUUAUUGUGGCUGACUGUCGUUACUGGUAUGACUCUCAGCUGUUGGUAGUUGGCUCCUUCUCUGGACUCAAGAACCUGCAGGAAGAGCUGGAAACCCUACAAUACUACAAGGACAACAGCAAAGACCAAAGUGUACGAUUCACCUUUAUCACACUCAUCAAAUCAUUCAGUGACCCUAUGGAUAGGGGCAUUGUCAUCCUGGAAGGGACCACUCCCAUCGGGAUAGAGACGUUUCAUCACAGAACCAAAGGUAGCCAGGGUCAGUUCCCCAUCACUCAGAAUGUGACGGUGGUGGAGGGGGGCACAGCCAACAUGACCUGUCGCGUGGAUUACAAUGAUAACACUUCCCUCCAGUGGUCAAACCCUGCACAACAAACUCUGUUUUUUGGAGACAAGAAAGCGCUGAGGGACCACAGAAUUGAACUGGUGCGAGCCUCGUCACAGGAGCUCACUAUUAAAAUCAAUGACGUCAGCCUGUCAGACGAGGGUCAGUACACAUGCUCACUCUUCACCAUGCCCGUCAAGACCACCAAGGCCUUCCUCACUGUUCUGGGAGUGCCAAGUAGACCAGAGAUCACAGGAUUCACCAGGCCAGCCAUGGAAAAGGACGUAAUCACCCUGACAUGCACCACAUCAGGCAGCAAACCUGCUGCCAACAUCCGGUGGUUCCGAAAUGACAAGGAGGUCCAAGGGACUAUGGAGGUCAAUGCCACAGGAAAAUCCUUCACAGUGAAGAGUAGCCUCCAGUUCCAGGUGAAUAAACAGGAUGAUGGUGUCGCUUACACCUGCAGUGUGGAGCACGUGUCUCUGUCCAACCCCUACAUGACAACUGAGGUCCUGGAGGUCCACUAUGCUCCCCAGCUGGAGAUCACACAUUCACUGAUUCUUCCACAGGAAGGACAAUACUUCAAACUGGAGUGUGUUUCCAUAGGCAAUCCAAUACCUGAACCGGUGCUGUGGUCGAAAGAUGGAGGAGAACUGCCAGAUAUUGAGCGAAUGAUUGUGGAGGGCAGAGAGCUAACCAUCACCACGCUAAACAAAACAGACAAUGGCACAUACCGCUGUGAGGCCAGCAACCAUAUGGGCACCAGCUUUGCUGAAUAUAUGCUGUUUGUAUAUGAUCCGAACGCUUUGGGACAACAUGGACCUGACCACGCUUUAAUUGGAGGCGUUGUUGCAGUCGUGGUCUUCAUCACCUUGUGUUUGAUAAUAGUUCUCGGACGAUAUCUGGCUAGACAUAAAGGAACGUAUCUAACGCACGAGGCUAAAGGAGCAGAAGAUGCCCCCGAUGCUGACACGGCUAUCAUCAAUGCUGAGGGCAACCAUGUGCAUGCAGAGGAAAAGAAAGAGUACUUCAUUUAG